AUGGCAAAACAUAUAUUGAGUGACUCUCAAAUAAUUGAUUUGAUGAAUUUUGAUAUUAGUGAUGAUGACUUGGAUUGUUCAGAUGUGGAAUUUGACUUGAAUGAUGUUAUGAAACAUAUAGAUGAUGACACAACACCAUUGGUUUUCCAAGAUGAAUAUCAAGAGCUGCAGCAACAUGUGAAUCCACCUGAUUUAGAAGUACAAAAUGAAAACUUAGAUAUUAACAAUUUACCUAUUUUUAUUGAUGAUGAUUUAAUACUUGAUGUUAAUAUUGAUGAUAAUUUAAUACCUGAUGUGAAUAAUGAUGAUAAUCUAAUACAUAAUGUGAAUAAUGGUAUUCAAAAAAAUAUUAACAAACCCAUUACUUUUACUACAAAUGAGUUAAAACAGUAUAUUGGAAUAACAAUAUUUACAUCUAUUGUUCAAAUUGCUAAUGUUAGGAAGUAUUGGAGCUCUAGAGUCGGAUAUCCUCCUAUAAAGUGUACCAUGGGGCAGAAACGUUUUGAACAAAUAAAGAGCAUUAUUCAUUUUAAUGAUAAUGAUACAGCUCUUCCAAGAAAUCAUGAGGACCACGAUAGAUGUCAUAAGCUUAGACCUAUAUUUGAUCAUUUAAAUAAACAGUUUUCUAGCAUUCCUCUUGAAAGAGAUUUAGCUAUAGAUGAGCAACUGUGUGCGACAAAAGCACGCAGCUAUUUAAAGCAGUAUUUACCUUUAAAACCCCAUAAGUGGGGAUAUAAGUUUUUUGUUUUAUGUAGUAGUAAAGGAUAUGCAUACAACUUUGAAUUAUACACUGGUCAAGAAAAUUUUGAGAAAUUUAGACUUAACACUGAACCUGAUUUGAUGGCUAGUGCCAAUGUUGUUGUAAGACUUAGUAGAAUAAUUCCAGAAAACAAAAACCACAGACUCUACUUCGAUAAUUAUUACACUACCAUACCACUUGUACAAUACAUGGCAAAAAAAGGUAUUUUAACACUCGGAACUGUUCGUAGAAACCGAAUUCCCAAUUGUAAGUUUCCAUCUGAAAAAAUAAUGCUUAAAGAACCUAGAGGAACUUCAUACGAAUAUUUAACUGUAUUUAACAGCGUUCCAAUAACUUCAGUCAUAUGGAAAGAUAAUAAACUGGUGACACUUCUUUCAUCUUAUUGUGGCAUAUUACCUGAAAUGUCAAUCAAUCGAUUUGAUAAAAAAUCCAAAAGAAAUAUGGAAGUUAAGUGUCCUUCUAUAAUUAAAGAAUACAACCGCCAUAUGGGAGGUGUUGAUCUCCUUGAUUCUUUGAUUGGGCGUUAUAAAAUUAAAAUACGGACAAAAAAGUGGUACAUGAGGGUCUGGUACCAUCUCAUUGAUAUAUCAAUCGUUAAUGCAUGGUUACUCUAUAGACGAGUGGAAAAUGAAAAUGGUAGAGUACCAAAAUUAAGUUUAUUUGAUUUUCGGACAGAAGUUGCAUUUUCAUUAACAACGUCUGUGUCUACUCCAAAAAGAGGCAGACCAUCUAAUGAAGAAAGAGAACAGAUAAAAAUACCUAAAAAACAUACUCAUUCAAUAACACCUGAAGAUAUCAGAAGAGAUGGUUUACAUCAUUGGCCAGAAUAUAAAGAAACAAGGCAACGGUGCAAGUAUGAAAAAUGUGGAAAACUAACACAAUGCACUUGUACUAAAUGUAAAACAAGUAGUUCCUAA